CAUCUCUAUAAAUUUCAUUUAACCCAUUGUGGUAUUCUCUUCUCCAUCGUUCAUCAGUAAUCUCUCUUAACUGUUUUUCUCUCGUCUUCUCGGAAAAAUAUACUAUUUUUCUCUCAAGAAUCUUUGAUAUUCCAAUGUCAGAAGAAUAUCAAGAAUCAGACAUUAUAUUUUCCGACCAAUCCUCAAUCCAAGAGUGUAACCGGAAAACUAAGUUCUCUAACAUCAGUAACGACGAGAAGGGCACGAGAAGUCGGAUGACGGCGGAUAAAACAUCUCCGGUGAGUAUUCCGGUGAAUCGUUUAAGGCUUAAGGAACGGGAAACGACGGAGGAGGAGUUGGAGGAGGAUAAAACUCCUCCGCAUGUUAUUAUCGAAAGAAGAAUGAAAGAGCAAAUAGCGUUUUCCCUCUGUACACUUAAAGGAAGAGACCUGAAUCGUCACCGGAACUCCGUUCUUAGGAUGACCGGUUUCUUAGAGGCUUGAUUUAUUUAACCGGCCGGUUCAUUUUGUACUAUUUAAACAGUUGACCGGUCUUUCUUUCGGGUGUGUGUUUUGGACGAAUCCCUGGCAUGUCUUGUAGUAUAAGGACUUGUUUUAAUGUUUUUUGAACAUUGAAUUGUUUUAAUGUUUUGAGUCCUGUUCUUUUUUAUUUUUUUCUUAAAUUGUUGAUUUGGUUGAUUGAGAAGAGGAAAUCCUCAAUAUAAUGUUUUAUUAAAUACAUAAAUUGGAUUUUAGGAUUGAUGGUU